AUGCUCGCGACUAGCCCAUCUAGAAACCACCUAGCUGCAAUCAUAGCACAUACGACAACGUAUAACGGUUCAAACUCUGGGUUCCAAGUUGGGCAGAACCUUGGUCAUAUCACUACCCAGUUCUUACAGCGGGAAAUAUCCUUGAAUCAAGCAUGCCUGCGAGAUCUGCGGACGACCAAUCCUCACCAUGACAAAGAUCGUAUUCAGAACACCAACGGAGGGCUACUGAAAGACUCUUACUGCUGGAUUCUAGACAACGAGCAGUUUCAACAAUAG